AUGCCUUCAUACACAAUCAACGAACCGCACCCAACCGUGCAGCAAAACACAUACACACACUCUGGCCGCGGCGGAGCAGGCAACACCUUCCUCGUCUCCCAGCCCACCACCUCACCCGAGGGCAUCCCCACCAAGGCCUCGGUCAAGUCGUCUUCUUCUUCGUCCUCGCGCUUCUUCUCGGGCCGCGGCGGAGCAGGCAACGCACACGCCUCCCAGAGGCCGGCCAUGUCCUUUGACGACGAAUACUACGCCGAUGCAGUGCGCGCCAGCUCCGAGAGGGUCUACGUCGGCCGCGGAGGCGCUGGCAACUACUGCAAGAAGAACGAAGACGUCCACUCCGUCAAGAGCAGGCGCGACUCCUCCAGCACCAGCGGCUCCGAGAGGAGCGGCUUCUGGGGCAGGCUGAGCUCCAACUCCCGCCGUUGA